AUUUGAGAAAGUUGGCAACAAGUAUAUACAAAUGUGACUUUCAAUUGUUUACGAAAGUAAAACGAGUCGAAAACAAGAAAAUUAAAAAUAUCUAAAAAAUGUUGGAAGAUUUACAUAAAUUAUUUGAAAUGCACACUGCAGAGUUGGAGCAAGUACAGGAAAAUGUCGCAAACUACCUAGUAAAAGUGCAGAAAGUAUUUGAAAAAAUUUAUAAAAACAAAGAAUCUCUCGAGGUAAAUGACACAGUGGCCUUGAUGGCGUACGAUAAAUUCUUCACGAUUCUCACAAAUAUGCUGGACAUGGCGCGAAAAUUCAAUUUUCAUUUAUUUAUGAAUGACUUGGAAAAGAAAUCGCUACGCACAUUGUAUGAGGCAUUAGAUUCAUGUGAUCAAAGGGAGAAGUGUACGAAUGAACCGAAGGCAUUUACUGAAAGUAAUGUAAAUUUAUCUACUACAACAUACAUGAAAAGCGACCAACGUAACAUAUUAAAAACUCUGAAUGAAAAAGAAAGCGAAAAGUUUUCACACAAUUGCAAUAAUGAUUACAACAACUCAUGUAUUCCACGUUCAGAGGAAAAUGACAGAAACAAUAAUGAUGAUAUCAAUCAGCAGAUAUCAUUAAAUAUCUUAAGAAAGGAUAUAUCUAAAUACAAAGUUGGUAGCAUAUUAAAUGGGUCAGUUACAUAUAUAAGAGAUUUGGACUCAUUGAGUUUUUUUGUUUGUGAUUCAGAAUCUAUUGAAUUUCAAAAAAUCGCAAAUUUGAAAAGUAUGUUACAUUUAAAACAAUACAUUGAUAUUCCACCCAAAAACGAAAUUUUUGGUCUUGUUCUGGACGACACAAUUUUAAGGGCUAUUCGACUAAAUUCAAGCACUAAUGAAAACCAUGACGUACUGCUUAUGGACUUUGGGGAAACCACGACCAUGAGUGCAGCAGACGUUACAUACCGUUUGCCGAUUGAUAUUCAGAAAAUUCCUGCGCAAGCUAUGUUAUGUAAAUUAAAUGGAAUUUUCGGUCAGAAAAAUACACAGUAUGCAGAUUUGAGAUCAUAUCUACAGGAAUUAGAAUAUACGAAUACAUCAUUUUUAAUUAAAUUCAAAGAAGAAAAGUGUUCCAUAAUGACUUUAGAUCUACUAAAAGAUAACAGAAAAAAAGAGGCAGACUUACCAGAAAAUAAAACGAAAACUGCUUCUACGAAUCUUGAAAAAGUGGAUGGUACAAAUCCAUUUCAAUCUAAUAGUAAUUUUGCAAUUGAUGAUAAUGACGAAGCUAUACCGCUUCGUGCUUUGCCAUUAUUUACAGAAGACAAUAAGCGGCUUCCGAAUGGUCUUACACAAGAAGAAAUGGAUAUGUUAGCCGAAGAGCCACUAAACACUACUAAUGCAAUGACCGCCGUUUUAGGCUAUAAUCCUAAGGAUGAACAACGGAUAUGUCGUUUUUAUGAUCCGAAAACUGGUUGCUGCUUUAAAGGUGCCAAUUGUCGUCUAGAACACACCCCCCAACAACCAGAUGGAUGGACAAAGGACCGCAUACCUACAAGAACUAUAAUUGAAAGUGUGACGCCAAUGACUCGUUUUGCUGCUGGUAUUAUGAUAAAUAUCACCGUUACACAUGUUGGGGAAAUUGAAUAUUUCUAUGCUCAGAUAAAUGAUAUUGAUAAUCCAAUAGAACCGCUUAUAUGGAAUGAUGAUGAAAUCCCAUUUAGUAUACGCUUAACAAAACCACCAAUGUUAUACGAUUUGGUACGUGCACAAUAUGAUGAUACGCUUUGGUAUCGAGCUAAAAUAAUAGAUUUCGAUGAUUCUGGUAAAGUAUUUAAAGUGUUUUAUGUUGAUUAUGGCAAUCAACAAAAUGUUACACUGCUACAAUUAGCACAUUGUGAUCGCUUAACAGAGCACUUUGCAUUCCAAGCGGUACAAUUUAGAGUAGCGGAUAUUAUGCAAAAUCCUGAAGCAACGGUGGAACAACGAAGCAACGGUAUUCGUACGAUUAAUGCACUUAUUCUUAAUCAUGCAGUCGAUGUCAAAGUAGUAAAUCAUGAUGAGGAUUUGAUUGUUCGCUUUAUGGGAGCACCAUAUUCUUCAAUUCCAAAAAGACUUAUUUCGAUGGGCUGUGCAAAACAAUUCCAUUCGAAUGGAUCAAAUAGUUCAAAAGGCAAUAACUCAUUUUCCACAACGAAUUGUUCAGUAUAAAAUAUUUCUAGUCUUAAUUUAAAAACUCCAUAUUAUAUGAUUUUAAUGUGUUCUCCUAAAU